AUGCCGAGAGGUUUCUUGGUGAAGAGGAGCAAGAGAGUCAGCCUGGUGUCAUACCGGUCGCGAUGUGCAGACGAGGGAGAGGAGCCGAGGUCUUUGGCACGUGCGCCGUCGCGCACCUGCUGGUCGACACCAGCGCUGGCCUUGGCGGUGGCCCCGGACCGCGAGAUGAAAGCCGUUCGGUUCGGCAACCCAGAGGGCGCGUACCAGGCGCUCUACAGCCCGACCCGGCCGGCGAGCAAAGAGGAGGAUGCGGAGAGGCACUCGGGUUUGGGUUUGAGGUCUCCAGCGUCAGCUGAGGCGUUCCCCACGGCGGCGCUCACCGCCCUGGAGCACCUCUUCAACAUGGGCUCCAGCACCGCCACCUCCAAACCGGAGCGGAAAGUCAAACCGACCACCAAGAGAGUCAAGAACAUCCGGAAACUACACUUUGAGGAUGACGUCACCACCUCGCCGGUUCUGGGGCUGAAGAUCCGGGAUGUUCCCAUUGCGGAGCGCCGGGUUCCGGGGGGCAACGACGCCGGGCCGCCUCGCGGUGAGUUCGUGUGUCAGCUGUGCAGGGAGGCUUACGCCGAUCCGCUCAGCCUCGCUCAGCACCGCUGCUCCAGAAUUAUUCGGGUGGAGUACCGCUGCCCCGAGUGCGACAAGGUGUUCAGCUGCCCCGCCAACCUGGCUUCACACCGCCGGUGGCACAAGCCCAAGACGGAGCAGAAGGAGCGCCCGGAGGACGGGCCCAAUCCUGGCUCGUCCGAGUCUGAUUCUGAAGGAGAGGAGCCGCGGGAGUGCGGUCAGUGCGCCAAAAAGUUCAAACGCCAUGCCUCCCUGCGCAAACACAUUGCCGCGCAACACGCACCCAUCAACUUGAGCAACGGCACCCGAGGGCACACGUGCCCGACGUGCGGGGAGCCGUUCGCCAGCGUGGAGGCGCGCGAACGGCACUUCCGACUCCUGCACGCCUUCCGUUGCAAACACUGCCCGGCCGUCCUGCACAGCUCGCCCGGACUCACCCGCCACGUGAACCGCUGCCACCCGACCGAGGACAGGAACGUCAUCCUGCUGCAUCUGCCGCUGCAGCGCGGCGAGCGAGCGGUCGGCACAUCUGCCUCACAGUUCUGACGCGUCGUGAUUCGAAUCUAGGCUCCUUGGUGCUUCAUCUCGGCUUCCCUCUACAGGUGUGAAUGGAAUGUUCGUUUGUCUUUAUGUGACCAAGGCAUUGUUUAUCGUAUGUCCAUUCUUUCCCUGACAUAUAGUAGUGACCAGUCCGUUGUUUGUCGAAAGGUGCGCUGUGAUUGGCCAGCGACCAGUCCAACAUUUAUGUACUUUGCUUGUCUCGCCCAAAGUCCUAAUGAGGACAAACACGAUGGAAAAUGUAUGUAAAUCUCCUUAAAAGGAAGUGUCUUUUUUUACUGUAAUUAGCUUUUUAAAGUGUCAUCAGCAUGAAAGGAAAAGUCUUUAAAUCAGAUAAUAAUAAUAAUAAUAAAGGGGCCAGUUGUAGGGGUUUCAGUGCCUUUGCCCUGGGUGGACAUUUUGUGUUGGCAGUCCUCUAAAGCCUCUUUUGCAUCCCCCUUUUCAAAUCUUAUUUUCCUAGCAUCUCUGCACAUGUGCUAUUAGCACCCAGAUGUAUUUUUUAGCUUUAAUAAUAAUGUAAUAACAAACAAAAAUAAUAACAAUUGAAUAAAUGAACUUUGGCUCUUCAGCUUGGUAGCUAGCUAGCGGAAAAAAACAAAUUAGCAUAGUGACUAAUGCCUUUGGACUAGAAACUGCUGUGAAACUGCCUUAAUACUCUUGUUUAUUUUAAAAGUUGGACUCAAAGCCUUCUGUAUUACUGCCACAUAUUUUGGUCCUAUUUAUUUAUUUAUGUUUAUAUUUAUUCAACUAAAUGAUUACUCUCUGGUCAAAUGUCUUAAAUAUGUAACGGCGUGAGACGGAUGUGUUUACUGUAACUUAAUAGCAAUCAACCCUGACCUGGA